AUGGCAUCGCAAAAGGCUUGGGCUGUUGUUGCAGGUGUUGGACCUGGCACUGGCGCCUGUGUGGCUCGUCGAUUUGCGAAAACUUAUGCCGUUGCCCUCCUAGCUAGAAAACCUGCAAAUUUCGAACCCAUCGUCGAAGAGAUCAAUGCCGCCGGCGGUAAGGCGAUCGGUAUCAGCACCGACUGCUCAGAGGGCAAAAGUGUCAAGAAUGCAUUCGAACAGUUGAAAAAAGAGAUGGGUGGUGCUUCACUAGCUGCCGCCAUUUACAACGUCGGGGGCAGAUUCGUUCGAAAGCCCUUCCUCGAAUUGACAGAGGAGGAGUUUGAAAGCGGAUGGGAAACUAAUGGACGGGGAGCCUUCCACUUCUCACAAGCCGUUCUGCCACUGCUUCUGGACAAACUCAAUGCGGACCCGGAAUAUCCGCCCACUCUAAUCUUCACAUCUGCCACUGCAGCCAUGAAAGGCUCUGCCUUGUGCGCCUCAUUUGCAGCAGGAAAGUUCGCCAUGAGAGCGGUAGCACAAUCACUAGCAAGAGAGUUCGGACCCAAGGGCAUUCAUGUCACACAUGCCAUUAUCGAUGGCGUUAUUGAUAUUGAGAGGACCAAAGACUGGAAGUUUGAUCAUCCAGAUGCAAAGAUCAAGCCAGAAGCGAUUGCCGACUCAUAUUGGUAUUUACACACCCAACCAAGGACUUGCUUUACUAACGAGAUCGACAUCCGGCCAUACAUUGAAAAGUGGUGA